AUGGGCAAAGCGGGCAAGCGGAAGGGGGCCGGGGGUGGCGCCGCGGCGAGGCGGGCUCAGGGCCUCCCCACCGCCGCCGCUGCCGCCCCCUCGGUGUCGAGCAACCCCUUCGAGGUGAAGGUCAACAGGCAGAAGUUCCACAUCCUGGGCAGGAAGACGAGGCACGACGUGGGGCUGCCGGGCGUCACGCGCUCCAAGGCCCACAAGAAGGUGAGCCCUUGGCUGCCGCCGGAAAAACGGGGCUCCUCUUGCCGUGACUACCAUGAUGAUGAUUUAUUAUUAAAACUGUUCGUCGCUUUAUUUUAGCCGUUGCAGCCCGAAGCGACUGACAAACAAAAAAACCCCCCACGGAGAUAGGUUAAAACCGGGGGUGGGGGAGAAAGAUAACAUUAAAGAUAAACCGCCCACUCCUAAAAGGCCACAGAUUGUAUAAUCGACUUAAGGCCUGUUUAUAGAGAAAUGUUUUCGCCAGGCACCUAAUGGCUUAUUAUGAAGAUCCUACCUGGGAAGGGCUUUCCACAAACUGGGAGCCACCACAAAAAAGGCCCGCUGUUGUGCUGGCACCUUCCGGACCUCUCAUGGAGAAAGGCAGAUGGUGUGGAGAGGCGGUCCCAAGCAUGUGCCUCUCAGCACAAUAAAACUUGCCAACCCAAUAAAGCAAAUCAACUAAUAAGGCCACAUCGAAUUGUACUCGUAACCCACUAGGUAUGCUGUAAAAUAGCGUAUGUUUCACAUUGUGCCUCUUCAUAAUGCUAGUACUUCGAUACAUACCUUGUUUGUCUUCUGCCGUUCCACAAUUGACAGCAUGUUCAAAGUGGCUUACAACUUGAAAAAAUACAUAGUUACAAAUAUCGCAAAGGUAGGCAUAAGCAUAAAUAAAAUAUUAAAAAGUGCGCAGCUAAAUUGUUCGAUUUCCACAUCAAUUAAACUAAAAUCUAAGAGAUACAAAAGUAAUAUCACUAGCAGCAACAAAACUCUUAAACAACACCCCAGCCUCAAAGUGUUCAGCAGCCUCAUCUUUCAUAACUGGUCAGGGACCUCUCCCUCCCAGGUAGUAGUUCCACAAAGACUGCACUCACCUACAAGAUCACCUGCAUUUAGAUGGCAAGAGAAUCUUGACUGUGCCUGGAGACUGUGCUGGCUAGGAAUGCAUGAGGUGUAGAUUGUGCUCUUGCUAAAUGCCUACUAGGAAAUGGGGCCAGACAAUUUUGCAACUUUCCAUGUCGUGGUAUGAUGUGGGAUACAAAUCUUUCAAAGGCAGCUUACAAAUGACAUUAAAUUAUUUUUAGCAAACACUAUAAAUAAUAUUGGCAUGCUAAAAAAACCCCAUCAUGACCUUUGCCAUAAGGCAGUUGGUGAAAGAAAGGUGAGUGGGGAUUUUGGGGGAGCCUAGCUAAAGCAGGCCGGAAUCCUUUUCAGAGGACAGUUGGUGGAAAGUGACCUGGCGGGGAGAUGGGGCAUGUCUAAAAGCAAAUUCAUAUGAGCUAAAGGUAAGAAUAGCUCAUGUGUAAUAUUUCCUAACUAGGUAAAGGGACCCCUGACCAUUAGGUCCAGUCGUGGCCGACUGGGGUUGCGGCACUCAUCUCGCUUUAUUGGCCGAGGGAGCCGGCUGGUCAUGUGGCCAGCUUCUGGCGAACCAGAGCAGCACACGGAAAUGCCAUUUACCUUCCCGCUGGAGCGGUACCUAUUUAUCUACUUGCACUUUGACGUGCUUUCGAACUGCUAGGUUGGCAGGAGCAGGGACUGAGCAACGGGAGCUCACCCCGUCGCGGGGAUUCGAACCACCAACCUUCUGAUCGGCAAGUCCUAGGCUCUGUGGUUUAACCCACAGCGCCAUCCACGUCCCUGUUUCCUAACUAUGCAUCACCUAAUUUUGUGUCUUGGUCAAGAGGAUAAUUCAGGCGGGGGGGGGAGGGGAAGGAUGUGAGAACUAAAAACCAGCAGGUGAGCAGCUAAAAAGCCCGAAAACAUUGGUAGCAUUGUAAAUCAAUAACAUGGUUUGUAACAUGUUUGGCUAUUGCUUAUUGGUGCCCUGUUUAAGUACUAUUUGUUUCUGCCUUAAUAUAUUGUGGCAUUUUGCUUUUUCAGCGUAUUCAGACUUUGCAGAAAGAAUACAAAGAAAAGGAAAAAUCCAAUGUCUUUAAAGACAAACGUUUUGGGGAAUAUGAUACCAAAAUAAGUCCAGAAGAAAAAAUGAUGAAGAGGUUUGCUUUGGAACAACAGGUAAUAAUGAAAAUAAUUUCAGAAAGUGACAUAACAACUCUUUAGAAGUUUCCUGUUCUCUUAUAAAUAAAUAUUAAAUUGAACGAACAUUUGAGCUGUAUUUUUAUCAAGUAAUAGUAUAUGCAAAGUUGAAGAUAAGUUCUACCUUAAUUCCACAUUUUACUAAGAUCAGUUUUUUCCACUUCUCCAAGAGGUUUGUAGUUCCCUUUCUCUCUUACCAAACAGAAUUUCCGGUAACUUUAAACUGUGAUCCUAUGCACAGUUAAUUGAAAGCAAGUCUCAUUCUAAAUGUUCUAAAAUGUAUUUAUUUCCAACUAAAGAUGCGUAAGAGUUGCCUGUUAUCAGCAUGUUGGAGAGUUGAUGCUAAACCAUUUUGGCAGUGUUAUAUCUGCUUUUAUAAAUUGUUUGGGAUUAUAAGCAAUUGUUCACCAACUCCAAAAUAUAUUUUAAGGGCGGUGUUGAAAAAUAGACUGUUAGUUUAGCACGUAAGGCCAACUGGUCAUUACUUCUAUCAUGUGAGAAGGGCAGCAUGAGCAAGGUGAUAGUGAAGACAACAUGGAAUAGGUGGGGGGUUGGUAGGCAGAGUAACGUAUAUAGAAGGAAAAGGAAGGAAGAAACAAGGGAAGAGUUGGAAGCUGGCACAUGGCUCUUGGUGUUCAGGUAGACAAUGGUUAAGCCAUCUGAAAGUUUGCUUUCUCUGCAGCAAUGUGGUUUUAUCAUUUAUUCAUUUGCAGAAUUUUGUUGGGUCUAUCUAGCAAAUGCUAUACAUAAAUUAGACAUCUAAGUCACUUGAGAAACUUAAAAUACGUAUGUGAAUAAGAGUUAAGAGAACUACAGAGCAGAGAUUAAGUGAACGGAUCCCGUUCGCAUCCCGAGGUACCACUGUAUGUUGACUUUGACAUUUUAGCUGCAGUCAGGAAUGUACUUUUCUACAUUUACUCUCUACACACCCUUCUAAAUAGAGAGCUACUUUCUCUUGAUUCCAGGCCUUACCCAGAAGUCUAAGCUUCUUUGCUUAACCAAAGUAUAGGCACAAUAUCGCUAUGUCUUGACAACGUGGAUAGAAAUUAACAUUUUACCAACGAUCACAAAAAAACACUUACUGAUUUCUUUUAUUUUGUUACAGAAAAAUUAUGAAAAGAAAAAUAUAUAUAAUCUCAAUGAAGAUGAAGAUUUAACCCACUAUGGCCAUUCUCUAGCAGACAUUGAAAAAUGUAAUGAUACUAUUGAUAGUGACAGCGACACUGAAGAAAGAGGAAUACUCUCAGGUAAGAAGAGUCAAAAAGGCAGAGUGGUACAUAUGUCCUACUAUACGGCAAUUGUGUGUUACAUAAGGCACCACAUUUUCUAUUUAUUGCAAUGGUGGAGCUUUUCAGAUGCAAGUAGCUACAGUUAUCCGGAAGUGUGAUGGAACAUGAAACUAAAAUUUGGCACAUGUUCUAAUUUUAUACCCAUACAGUUGUGUCUUGGCUCCCGAAUGCCUUGGGAGUCAAAAGUUCCGGCUCCCAAAUGAUCAAAAACUGGAAGUGAGUGUUCCGGUUUUCAAACUUUUUUUGGAAGCCAGGCUUCCGCAGCUUCUGAUUGGCUGCAGGAGCUUCCUGCAGGCAAUCAGAAGCCACGCUUUGGAAGUUGAACGUUUUGGAAGUCAGAACGGAUUCUGUUCAACUUCCGAGGUACGACUGUAUUUAAGACUCUACUUUCAGAAGUUAAAAUUAUAGUGUGAUAGCUAACGUAAGUCAUACUUUGAGUAGAUCCAUUGAAACCAAUAGCCUUUAAUUCCAUUGAUUUCAGUGGGUCUAUUUUGACUAGGAGUAAUGACAGCUAUGAUUUAAAAUGUGCUGUUUCUUUCAUUUAACACAGUCUCUAGAGUUGGAGAAAUGUUUUGACACGCCAGCCCUAGAGAUGCUAUGUAAAACUCCUCAGUGUUUCCUAGGACACAGAAAAAAAAUCCUUUGGUUCUUAACAAACAUUGCUGGCUGGCUCAGUUGGUACUUUUGCAGUGGAAUUCUAACCAUGUUUGCUCAGAUGUAAGCACUAUUGAAUUCAGUAGAGCUGCUUCUCCAAUAAAUGGGGUUGGGACUGAAGCCACAUUUGACCUUUUCCUAAGCAGCUUCCUUCUUUCAUCUCUAGCGGAAUUAACAGCUGCUCACUUUGGAGGUGGUGGACUUCUCUGUAAGAAAGCCAUCACAGGGAAGGAAAGCGAAGAAGAUAAAAAACCUAAGUCACGGAAGGAACUCAUUGAAGAAAUGAUAGCAAAAUCCAAACUGGAAAAGGUAAACUCUGGGUUUCUUGUACUAAAUUUGAAUUCCUUUGAAAUUAAAAAAUGAAAUAAAACAAUGUUAACCAAUAUUUGCCAUUUUCUGUGAGAUACAGUGUUCAAUUUGGUUCUGUUUUGGCUGUGUGCAAUUUCAGUUUCUCUUUGUUUUCAAGAGAGGAGUUUGCACAUUAAAGGCUAGUUGCAUGAUAGACCGUUUCCCACAAUUGUUCUUUUUUCUGUUUAGAGGGAGCGGCAAACGCAGAGGGAAAAUACAUUGGAGCUUACAGAAAAACUCAACAGUGAUUGGAAGGAGGUUCAAGCCUUUCUGUUCCACAAGACCCCAAAGUCGGAGAGACAAAAUCAAGAAGAAAAGCUCAAGGUAAGCCUUAUUUUACUUGCUAUCCAGUUUUACUUCAAAUAGUAUUCUGCCUGUUAGUGGUACAAAUUCCUGUAUGGAAUUAAAGAGAAAAACUGAAACUUUGUGAAUUUUAGUGAUGUUCUCUUAGCGUGCUUCCCUGCUCUUAACGUCCUGUGCAUUUAGGUGAUAGUCUAGAUUCUGUUUUGACACAUCCUCCUCUCUUCAGACUCCGUAAAUCUGGACAGAAGUGGAUCUCCCUUAUUUAUCUAAAGCAUUUUUACUCUUAUUCAGUCAAAAAUUCUAAAUUAUAUGGCUGUCGAUUUUUUUAAAAGACAGUCUCUGCCUUCAGGAUUACAAUCUAAAAGACACAAACAAUAUUGCAUACAAAGGGAGGAGAAAAAAGAAAUAAACUUGGGCACCAGUUCUUAAAGCUGCAGUUCUUAAAUAACCAACUGGUAUGGAAACAGUUCAAGUAGCUUGAUGGAAUGGCAGUUGCUAGCUGACAGUAGAUGGAUAGUUCGGAGGCAUCUGGUGUGUCAGCUAAUGGAAUAGCCCACACUCCCUUCUCUGAAAUUCCAAGUGAAGGUACAUGUCUCUGAAGGCAUCCAGCCUGUUACUGAUAAAGUCAAGUGUUUGUUCUAAAAGUGAAGAGAGCAGGCCACCAGCUUGUUCAUUCUUGUAGAUCAUUCUCAACUGUUUCAGUGGUGGGUGUGUAAGUAGGCAAACUUGCAAUCCGAUCCGCACCUAGUAAGUCCAAUUGAACACAAAGGGGUUUACUUCCACAUAGACAUGCAUAGGAUUCCAUUGUAAACUAAUGAGGUUUUCGUGAGCCCUGUCUGGGUCUAGGCAGUUAUUUGCAGUGUCAUAUUUACAUUGCCUUAGAUUCCAUGACAGAAGAUAGGCGGGGAAUUAAAUGUAAGAAAAUUUGUAAUGUUGUUAUAAUGCUUCCUGGUUUGGGAGUUACUUAAAAUAGAUGUUAAUGAAAUACUUAAAGGUUUUUAAUACAAAUGUUUAUGCCAAAGAAAUGGAAGUUGCUCCCAGUUCCAUUCACCACAGAGAGAAAGGUUCAGAUAGUUUACUGUUGCAGAAGAUAAGGCUCAGUAAACCAGUUCUGGACCUAGAUACAUACAGCUUGUAGGCUUUAGAUAUACAGAUAUAUGCAAGUAUAGAAUAUCCCUGUUGCUGUAAAUAAGUUCAGUAAUUCAAGGUGUAACACUGGACAAAAGUAACAUUGACUAACAGACUAACUGCAGACUAACAGUUGGACACCUGAAACUAUUGAAUUAGCUCACACAACAUUAAUCACAAAUACAGUUGUUGCCCUGGGCAACAAUGCCCGUAGCAACUGGCUUGGCUGUCCACGCACCUUGAAUUAGCUCAUCCAUGGGGUAGUUUACACUCAUAAAGGAAAUUAACCCCUUCUCACGUCCAGUUUCUUCAACACGCUCUUGGGGCUGCAUGCCUCUGAAUACCAGUUGGGGAGAGCACUGUUUCACUUGGGUCUUACUCGUGAGUUUCCCACAUGUAUCUGGUUGGCCACUGUGAGAACAUUCUGCUGGACCAGAUGGGCCUUUGGCCUGAACCAGCAGGGCUACUCUAAGGUUCCUAUUGUAGAGAGUUACUGUUUGUGAUUUUUUCCCCCACAGCCUGAUGAAUAUGAUAUGAUAGUUCGGGAGCUUGGGUUUGAGAUGAAGGCACAACCCUCUGGUAGGAUGAAAACAGAAGAAGAAUUAGCAAAGGAAGAACAAAAGCGACUCCUCCAAUUAGAGGUAUGGUGUUUGUGUAUUGUGUUCCACAUAAUAAAAAACUGUUUUCAGUGACUGUGAAUAUACAAGAUGCCAUAAAUAUCCAUGAAAUAUUUUUACUUGGAAUAGCUGAAGGACUGUCUCCUACCAUAUAUACCUGCCCAGACCUGGAGAAUGCAGUCCCUUCUCUGGGUCCCCCUGCCAGCUGAGGCUGGGCAAGUAACCACUAAACACUUCCAGACCUCUUAAUUCUAGCUUCAUUUUUGGUUAGACACUAACUUGGUUUUUCCCCUUUGCUGCUUCUUGAGUUGGUUUUUCCAUGGAUUUUAGGCAUUUUAACACUAUUUUGUUUUGUUUUAUUCUGAGUCCUGAGUCCAGAGUGCUAUGGUGUUUUAGAGUGUUGGAUUUAGACUUCAGGUUGACCUUAAACCAGUCUAACCUACAUCUUAACCACAGGAUGGUUAUAAGGAUAAAAUUGGGGUAUUCUGUCCUGAAUGUUUUAGACAAGAUAUAAAUGUAACCAACAGAUUAUACAUGUUUUAUGUUAAAUUUGAUACAUGUAGAUCUUAAUUUAUUGGAAUAACCAGUUCCAACCUGGCCACGUUUGUCUGAAAGGCUCUUUCCCCAAACUCUGCCCAUCAGCUGAUGUUCCUAGCUUAUAUCAUCUGAUGGAGGACUAGUGAAGGUCAGUUUUGUUGUGUUCUCUUCUGCCAGCUUGGUCCCUGCUGGUGAAGCAGACUCCUGCAGCCAGGAGGAUUGAACCUGCUGGGUGCUGCUUCUCCAGUGUGUUCCUGACGAAGCAGUUUCAUCCCCACACCCUGCUGAACAGUUUUGACAGGUGGAUAGGGAUUGUCCACCUGUCAGUAACCUGGCAUUGUCAUGACAUUAGAAGCUUGACAGACAGGUUGCUUCAUAGAGUGGAGAGAGAUAAAAAUCUGGCUCACUGUACCAAUAUUGUUACCCAUCACUGACAAAUAUAAAUGCCUCCAUCAUUCAUUCAUUCAUUGAAUGCUUGCACCAUUGUAGCAGAAUUUUAUCAUACCUUCUGUGAUAAAAAAUCAGGCUAGCCGUUAAUGUUACUGUUCUCAACAUAUUAUACAUUGCAGACUGACAGAUUACGUCGAAUGUGUGGAGAUGAGCCUGAGAAAGAAAAGAAACCCAAGCACAUAUCAGCUGACGAUUUGGCAGAUGGAUUCCUCCUUGAUAAAGAUGACAGGCGUAUGCUUUCUUAUAAGGUACAUGUCUUUUCGUUGAGUUUUUAAAGAAGCUGAAACAAAAAGAUCACAAUCCAGCCAUGCCAAUCUGGGGAGCAAAUUGCAGAGGCCUCAGGGGACAUAAAUUACUUUGAAGACUAGGUAUGUAACAUUGCUGACACGUGAAUUUAAAUCCCUUGUACUUGUACAGCUGGUCAUGGUGGUGCCCUGGGAAGACUGCUUUCUCCCUCAGCCUGACACCCUGUAUCUUGGAUCCAUCCCAUUCAGUAAUACUCCCAGUGGGAGUCAUACAGGGAUGGUCUGACCAGAGAUGGUCUGCGGCUCAAGAGGAAUGGAGCCGUUGUUUCUUUUGGGGUAGUGCUCUAUUGCACCCUAGCAGCUGGACUACUGAAUGGAAGCAAUAGGGAGAAGUUGUUCUGCUGUCAAUUUUUUCCUAGUUCAUCAGAGUGGUCCUGGACCUGCCCUUUUUGCUAUGGACACUUGCUUUGUUGUUGGCUGCACUUUUUUUAGCUAUGUCAAUCUCAACUGCUUCUAGGGAGAGAGUAAGUGGGGAGGCAUUUUCUGAGCCAUACUCCUUGCGAGGUUUUUCUUCUCAAAGGCCUCCCUCCCAAUAUUUUGCAAGGAGAUCAUCCCCAGACUUCACUGAGAAACAAACUCUGCUUUAAUGCCUAAAGAUUCCGCUGAUUAAUGUAUAUAUCUCAACCUAUUAAAUAGGAUGGCAAGCUGAAUAUUGACGAUGAUAAAGACGAGGAAGAGAGUGUGGAGAGAGAAGACUGCAGUAGUGAUGGAGAGGAAAGUGAUGAAGAAGCUGCAACUGGUGCUGAUGAUAUUGACAGCCCCUCUGAUGUUGAAACUGAAGAGGAGGUCAUGGAGGUAGCCACUGCUAGUGAAGAGCAGAAAAGGGGAAGGAGGGAAGGAAGGAAGAAUGAAUUGCAUAUGAAGAAGCAAGAUGCCAAAAGAGAAGCUGCAAAACUGGAGGUGCCAUAUUUGUUUGCUGGUAGGAAGAAAAACACCUUUAUUCAAAUUGCAUUAUUUACUUUCUGUAGGAAAGCACUGCUCCUUGUUCACUGGUAGAAAAUAGCGUGGUCUGGUUUUUCAGAAAGAAGAGCAUCUAAAACAUGAUAAAAUAAUCUCUUGAAAGUUCAAAUCUUAAACAGCAUUUACAUUGCUGCCUUCUGGUUUAACCACAAAACAUGGGGAAAAUGUGGAAUUUGGCUUAUUAGAUGCCUGAGAAAGAGGAGGAACAGUGGAACUUAUGUCAGAAUUGGAGGAAACCCCAGGGACAGGACUACAAAAGUGAGCUGCUGUAAUGGGUAUGAGUUACUCGUGCGUAAACUGGUGCCUCUCUAGGCUGAUUUGCCUUGUUAAACCUUUCUGACUGCACAGCCCCUUCUGAUCAGGACUGUCUCAGUCACUAGCAGAAUCCGUCAGUGGGCGUUUCUUGAAUCUCUUCCAACAUAAGAGCUGUUUGACACCCAAUCGCCUCCGCCUCUCACUGCGCGGGAGCCUUCUGCGCAGGGUGGGCGUGGGUAGCGGGGGACCUGUCCCCUCCUCACUGAGUUCCAGUGAAGAGUCCGUGAGCCCUCUCUCCGAUUUUCCCAUCUGCUCACUUUUGUUCCUGGUGUUGCGCUUAAAUGCUUCCCCCUCCACUGAGUCGCCUCUCCCCUGCUGCUGGGUCCUUCUCCAGCAUCAUCCAGGAGCCUCCCCUUCGCCUCUCGCUCUGAUGUCAGUUCCCUGACAUCCACCUCCCCCAGAAUCCCCUCCACCCCUGGGCCGACCUGUGGGACCAACUUCGUCCCCUUCGUCGGCCGAGGAGGCGGGAAACCCCGGAAGGAACUGUCACCAUCUUCCGUGGGUUCGAAACCCGCUUCCCAAUCGCUCUUCCACCUACCAACGGGGUGGUCUUCCCCGUCUGAUGCUUCUUCCUCCGAAAUCUCUCCUCCCUCCUCGGAGUCAGAAAAUCCCUCAAAAACCUCUUCCUCAUCUGUGGUUCCAAAUUGCUCCUCCCAGAAUCUCUCCAGGGGUUUGGGUUUGUCCGGGAACCAGUGGUGGAAUACCUCUACCAGAUACCUGUCCUCGACGGCUUCCGUGGGGACCCACGUGUUUUCGGACCUGGGUUCCCCUUCCCACGCUACCAAAUACUCCACCCGGCGCCCUUGCCACCUUGAGUCCAGUAUUUCCGUGGCCCUGUGGUGGUGUUCCCUUUCUUCUACCUGCGGGUGUGUGGUGACUUCUCCCUCUUGCCCCUGGAAUUCCCGCCCUUCCCUAUGCGGUGAAAGCAGGGACCUAUGGAAAACCGGGUGUAUUUUCAUGCUAUCAGGCAACCUGAGCUUAAAUGCCACGGGAUUAACUUGCUGUGUUACCUCAAAAGGUCCCAGCCGUCUGGGCUGCAACUUCUUGCACCCCCCUUUGAAAGGUAGCCCUUGGGUGGACAACCACACCCGGUCCCCCACCCGUAUGGUCUCCCUUCCCUGCGGUGCUUGUCUGCCUGCCUCUUGUAAGUUUCCUUGGCCCGCUCCAAGUUCAUCUUAAGUUGCUGGUGUAGGGCCUCCAUUUCCUCCACAAACUGCUCUGCGGCGGGUACGCUCCAGCUUUCCUCCCCACUCCCGGGAAGGCCCUGGGAUGACACCCAUGGUUGGCCAUGAAUGGGCUCAUUCCCGUGGACACGUGUUCCGCGUUGUUGUACGCGAAUUCAGCCAGCGCUAGUUUUUCUACCCAAUCGUUCUGCCUCUCGCUGACAUAGCAGCGUAGGUAUUGCUGGAGUAUACUGUUCGCUCUUUCUGCUUGCCCGUUGGUCUCUGGGUGUCUCGCCGUCGAGAAACCCACCUCCACCUGCAGUAAGCUCAUGAGUUUCCUCCAGAACCGGGAAGUAAAUUGUUUUCCGCGGUCGGAGAUAACCCUCAAGGGGGCGCCAUGCAGCCGGAAUAUGUGCUCCACAAACAACCGGGCUGUUUCCUCUGCCGUUACAGCAUGUGAGCAAGCUAUAAAGUGGCACAUUUUUGUCAGUAGGUCGACCACUACCAUGACUGCUGUCUUUCCCGGGACUUGGGCAAAUCUGUCAUAAAAUCAAUGGAUACCACCUCCCAGGGUUCCCCGGCGUGGGUAAGGGUUCCAGCAAUCCUGUGGGGGCAGCCCGCUCCCCCUUUGCCCUUUGGCAGCGGUCGCACCCCCGUACAUAUUCCCGUACAUCCUCCCUCACCCUGGGCCACCAGAACUGCCUGGUCACCAGCAUCAUGGUUUUGUGCUGUCCAAAGUGCCCUGCUGUGGGGUUGUCGUGGAGUUGUUUGAGUACUUUUUCCCUCAGGGUUUCCCCCGGUACGUACAGCGCUCCCCUAUAGUACAGUACCCCUUCCUUCUCCUCAAACCCUUCUUGGGUCCCUCUUCCGUCUCGUAGUUCCCGGAUUUUAGUUUGCGCGAACACGUCGUUUCUGGUCAGCCCGGCUAGUUCUCGUUUCCCCACCAAAGUUCCCCAACACACCCAUCGGUCCUCGGGGAUCACGUGUCGUUUCUCCGGCGGCCCCUCUCCUUCCAGGUACUCCGGUUUACGCGAGAGAGCGUCUGCUCUUACGUUUUCUUCUCCGGGCACGUAGCGGAUUUCAAAGAAAAACUUGGAGAACUCCUGUGCCCAUCGAAUCUGUCUCUGGUUGAGUACUCGUGCGGUUCUCCAGUACUCCAAGUUCUUGUGAUCUGUGCAAACCUGGAUCUGUUGUUGCGCCCUAUCAGUAGAUGACGCCAACGACGAAAGGCCGCGUAGAUUGCCAGCAGUUCGCGGUCAUACACUGUAUAGUUUUGCUCCGACUUGCUCAGUUUUCUGGAGAAAAAGGCACACGGUUUCCAUUCCUGCUUUCCCUUCCCUGGUUGCAAAGGACCGCCCCCACGGCUCUGUCGGACGCGUCGGUCUCUAGCCUCAGGGGUUUCUCCAGAUCUACGUGCAGGAGUUGCUCUUCCGAUGCGAACGCCUUCUUCAGUUUUUCGAAGGAUUGCUGGGCCUCUUCUGUCCACACAAACUUCUUUUUGCUACUGAGACAAUCCGUGAUUGGCGCUGUCAAGUGGGCGAAGUUCUUGAUGAACUUCCUGUAGAAGUUGCUGAACCCUAGGAACCUCUGUACGUCCUUCCGUGUCUUGGGAGCCUUCCACUCCAGCACUGCCUGCACCUUGCUUGGGUCCAUCGCUAAGCCUUUGUCAGACAACUUGUACCCCAGAAACUCGACUUCUCUGGCGUGAAACUGACAUUUUUCCAGCUUGACCCACAACUGGUGCUUCUGCAGUCGUUGUAACACUUCCCUGACGUCUCUAACAUGUUGUUCCUCAUUGUCCGAAUAAAUUAAGACGUCGUCCAAGAAGGCUACGCAGUUCUUGUACAGCAGAGACCCCAACACGUGGUGCAUGAAAGCUUGAAAGCAGGCGGAGCCUGACUGUAAUCCAAAAGGCAUAACUAAGUACUCAAAGGCACCUAGGGGUGUGAACAUUGUGGUCUUCCAUUCGUCCCCCUCCCUCAUCCUGAUCAAAUUGUAUGCGCCCCUGAGGUCCAGCUUGGUAAAAAUUUUGCCUUUCCUCACUCGCGUUAAAAUGUCGUCAAUCCUGGGCAUUGGGAAGGUCACGGGUUCUGACACCAAAUUGACAGCUCUAUAGUCCACUACGAGCCUGGGUUUAUUUGUGUCCUUUUUGUCCACAAAGAACACCGGACUGCCCCCUACUGCCUUUGAUUCUCUUAUGAAGCCUCUUUUCAGGUUCUUGUCGAUAAAUUCUCGCAACUCCUUCAUCUCCCUGUCUGACAUGGCGUACAGCUUACCCACUGGCAGCUGAGCCCCCGGAAGCAAGUUGAUCUGGCAGUCAAAGGGCCUAUGGGGUGGCAGUCUAUCUGCCUCCUUUUCGCUGAAGACCUCCCGCAGAUCUGCGUAUUGUGGCGGCACCUCCCCUUUCCGCUCCACCGCCAUCCCAGCCACCCUGGCCACGGUCAUUCUUGGGGCUUCCUCCCCUAGACAGUGUUCCAGGCAGUAAGCUGAUCCAAAGGUGACUGUCCUCUGAUGCCACGCCACCACUGGAUCAUGUUGUGCUAGCCAGCUCAUCCCUAAUAUUAUUGGGGGUCCUGCUAGCGAGGCGACGUGAAAGGCGAUGGUUUCCGAGUGCCUGGACACCCUCAUUCUCAUUGGCGGGGUUUGGUGUGUCACUUCCCCUCCUAGAAGCUCCCUGCCAUCAAUGGUGGUCACUUGCAAGGGAAAAUCCAAAGGCAGUAAGUGGAGCUGGUGCUCUAAUGCAAAGUCCUUGCUGAAGAAAUUACAUGAGCUGCCUGAAUCCAGCAUGCCUUUCACCUUGACUGGGUGCCCGUUUGGGAGUUCUAGCACCACUUCGAUGGCUAUUGCCGCCUUGGGGGGGUCUGGUUGGGGCACUUUUACUGGUGGCUGGCUUGGCUGUUGUGCCCCUUGAUUGGCAGCCAAGCGUUCUCGUUUCCCUGUUCCUGUUCCUUUACCACCUCCUCCUCACCCCCUGCGGCUCCCACCAUUCCUUGCCAAGCCUUUCUUUGAGGGCAGGCUCUGGCAAAAUGCCCUGGCCGCUGGCAAAGGUAACACCUUUUGGAGGUUUUCCAAUCCUUUCCCUCCUUCUUGCGCCCUUCGCUGGUGCUUGAAACUUCCGCGCGCGCGCCCAUCUAUUUCCAUUGGCUCUGCUGGCGGGGAGGGCUGCCUUGGUAUUUCAGGAAUGCGGUAGUCAUGGCAACGUUGCUCUCUCCCUUCCCGCCUCUCCUGGGCCCGCGCUUCCUGGCGCGCGCCAAUCGCAAGCACAGCCUUGGUCAGCUGAUCCAUCCCCUGUGGGCGGGGUGCGCGGGAAAGUUCAUCCUUAACCGUUGGGGACAACCCCUCCUCGAAUAACAUCUGUAUGGGUUCGGAGCCCAGUUCCCACCCGAGGCGAUGAACUAUCAUGGCAAAGCGCGACCAGUAGUCCCUGACUGACUGGCUCCCCUGUUUACAGUUCAUCAAUUCCCGCUUAGUCACACUUUUUGAACAUCAGUGGAAAACAUCGCGUCCAUCGCUUGGAAGAAUUUCCUCAGGUCCUGCAUGGCGGAAUUCUGCGUCGCCAUAAGGGGUCUGACCCAUUCUCUGGCCCCGUCCUGCAGGUGACCCACAACAUAUGCCACCCGCGCCGCGUCGUCUUCAAAAUCGUUAUGCUGCAAGUCCAAUGCGUACUCUAUUUCCGUUCUAAACGCACUGUAUUCUUGCGGCUUCCCCCCAAACUUGUGCACCAGUCCCGGUACCUUCCUUGCUAUGGGGGUGGGUCUGACCUGUGCAUCUUGAGACCGCCUUUCGUCCAGCCGUGCCGUCAGAAUGGCCACAUGCUGCUCCAAAUCUCAGUUCCUCUCCUCCAGCGUUUGCCCUCCAGCUGCUCCCCCUUGGGUGCCUGCUUCUCCGGGCUUGCUCAUGAUGCUGCCUGCCUGCUGCUGCGCACGAGCAACUUUCAGGGACUGACGGAUUGCUGUAAUGGGUAUGAGUUACUCGUGCGUAAACUGGUGCCUCUCUAGGCUGAUUUGCCUUGUUAAACCUUUCUGACUGCACAGCCCCUUCUGAUCAGGACUGUCUCAGUCACUAGCAGAAUCCGUCAGUGGGCGUUUCUUGAAUCUCUUCCAACAUAAGAGCUGUUUGACACCCAAUCGCCUCCGCCUCUCACUGCGCGGGAGCCUUCUGCGCAGGGUGGGCGUGGGUAGCGGGGACCUGUCCCCUCCUCACUGAGUUCCAGUGAAGAGUCCGUGAGCCCUCUCUCCGAUUUUCCCAUCUGCUGACUUUUGUUCCUGGUGUUGCGCUUAAAUGCUUCCCCCUCCACUGAGUCGCCUCUCCCCCUGCUGCUGGGUCCUUCUCCAGCAUCAUCCAGGAGCCUCCCCUUCGCCUCUCGCUCUGAUGUCAGUUCCCUGACAGCUACCAACCACCUUCUGACUACUAAAGCCAUAUCUACACUAGGCUUGUGCUCUCCUGAACCACACCCAGUUGAGUAAACCUCAAAGGGUGUUUCUGUUCUCCCCACGGUCCCACACAUUCAGUCUGAUGCUCUCUGAGUGGGUGGCACUUUUCACAAGACAAAAAAUCGAGUGGUAGUGCUCUGAGCUCCUAAAGCCUAAAGCCGUUUUUAAUGCAUGUUAAUAAAAUUCCUAAUGUGGUUGGAUGCUGCAGUUGCGUCACUUAAUUUCCAACAUUCUCCUGCAUAAAGAUGAUGAUGCCAUAUUAAAACAACCUGGUGAGGGGAAAAAGCAGAUGCAGCACCAUGGAAAGACUUGGAGGUAGCUGCCCCGGCCUUCAGGGUCACCUCUGUUCCUUCUGUUUUAGCCAGAGCCAGCCUAUUACGGCUCAAGGGGUUGUCACACCUUACUAAGCUGUCCAGAGAACAGGAAUUCCUGAAAGGUGCUGCUCUGGGUCCCCUAUUCUUUAGAUUCAGGGCAAAGGCAACUAUUGUGGCAGCUUGCUAAAGGACAAAUUUUAGUCUUCGUUUUGUAAUCAUAGUGCCAUUUUUCUAUGGCAUAAUGUUUGUGCUUUGUUUUGUGUAAGAUAGCUAUACGUUUUUCAUUUUUACAAUAGCUCCAGAAUCUUAUGAGCAACUUAAAGCUGAAUUGUUGGGAAGAACGACAGAAGAACAACUGCUUGUAAUUGAACGGAUUCGGAAGUCUAAUCACCCAAGCCUUGCAGUGGGAAACAAAGCAAAGUUAGAGGUAUGUUUUUGUGAUCAAGUACAUUAUUCACACAUCAACAUGGGGGGGGGGGGGAGUUUUUGCUAAUUGAAGGGAACAAGGUACUUUGCAUUCCAAAGUUCAUUUACUUUUAAAAAACUUAUCCUGUAGAAACUGUUUGAAUUCCUUCUGGAGUAUGUUGGGGAGCUGGCGCGUCAGACACCUCCAGAACUGAAAACUGUUGAUAAGUUGGUAAUGUAAGUAUAUUAUAUUUUUAUUUCAAUGUAAAUUGUCUCCAGCACACAUAAAUUUUAUUGUAUUUGAUGCUCUUUUUGCUGACACAAUUCCACUCCCUGUGCUCUGCUUAGCUGUACCAGACCUAAGGUUAGUUUCAGCCAGUUUGUCAACUAGUUUUUAAUUUUGGUUUAAAAGAUAGGCAUGGCUUGCAGCUGUUCAGAUGUAAUGCUCUCUGUGUUAGGCUAUCCCUCAGCUUGGCCCAAGAACUGCAGCCAAUGUAAAAUUUGGCUGUUUGACUGUUCACUGAGGCAGAAUAUUGCCAUCAUUUUACCCUGCUGUUGAGAAUAAUGCAUUGGCUGCCAUUUGGCUACCAGGCUAUGUUCAAGGUGCUGAAACUAGUAUACAAAGUCCUAGGCAGCUCAGGACCAGACUCCCUACAAGUCACCCUUUAUAUGUCCAGUUGAUCACUGACUCUAGACAGUGUAGCAGCUACCUAAAUGUUAUAUAAAUGAAAUUUGCAAUCAUUUUAUUGCCACCCUGGGCGCCAUAGGGAGAAAGGAGAGGAUAGAAAUAUAAUAAAUAAAUUAUGCAAGCGGAGACUAUGGUUCCUGGCUGCUACUGGAAGCACUCCUCUCCCCCUGCCCCACUCCAAAAAGUAAAAAUCUGAACAGACAAAGGAACUCGCAUGCCCCACUGUAAUGUGUCAUGCCUUUUUGAUCUGUAGUACCGACCUAUGAGGUAUUGAUGCCCAUGUUUUGACAGGUGGGAAAUUGUCCCAUUUUCAGACUCUUCUAGUGAUAAAGUGCUGUAGACUAUGAAUAUGUCUGUUUUCUAAGUCACUGAGAAAUAUCUUAACAAUUUUGAAGUACGCAGUCUCUGGUUUUAUGAGGAAAAACCUAUAAAUACCUAGUUCUAAGAUUUUUUUGAAUAAGAUGUUUACCAGCUUAGACCUUUAGCUCAUAGCUGUCAACUUCUCCCUUUUCUUGCGAGGAAUUUCCCUUAAAAAAAAGGGAGACGUUGACAUCUGUGCUCUAGCUCACCAGGAGGUAGGCAAUUGUUAUACACCUGCCAGUCAGUGAGGUCCAAAUGUCCUAUACCAGGAUCAAUAGGUUUGAUGAGUUUUAGAUGUCCGUUGAGUUCUGCUCAUUGACGGUCAAUAUCAUCAACUACAGUGGUGCCCCGCAAGACGAAUGCCUCGCAAGACGGAAAACCCGCUAGACGAAAGGGUUUUCCGUUUUUCAAUGCGCUUCGCAGGACGAAUUUCCCUAUGGGCUUGCUUCGCAAGACGAAAAUGUCUUGCGAGUCUUGAGAUUUUUUCCCGCUUCCCCCCCCUUUUUCUAAGCCGCUAAGCCUUUAAUAGCCGCUAAACCGCUAAUAGCGCUAAUCCGCUAAGCCGCUAAUAGGGUUGCUUCACAAGACGAAGAAACCGCUAGACGAAGAUACUCGCGGAACGGAUUAAUUUCGUAUUGCGAGGCACCACUGUAUGGUAUUCUUCUGGAUAAGCUGCCUGGGUAGAAAUUGGAUGUAUUGUUUCAGCUGUUCAUUCUUCUUUUGGAAUUAAAAGGCCAUUAAAAAUUGUCCUUAAAUCUGACUUGAUCUUCUUGUUAACAGGCCCUUGUAUGAUCUUUGCCAAAUGUUCCCUAAAGCUGCAAGUAAUCAUGUUAAACUUGUCCUUCAAGAUGCUACUCAUGACAUGGAAGAAAUUCUAGCAGUGAAAGGUCAUGCGGCAUUUCCAGGGUUAGAUAUGGUACGUCUUUAUUUAUUUAUUGCAUUUAUAGGAAAUCUUUCUGCCAAUGCACUCAAUACAGCUUUUGGUUGAAAAUAUUUGUGCUGUGGCUGUCUGGUUGGAACACAGAGCAGGAGCCACCUUGUAAGUUAGUGAGAAGGAUACACUAACAUUUUGUUGGAGGUCCUGCCUGAAAUAUUAAAAGCCUGGUGGAACGGCCGCUGGGGGGACUGUUCUGCCAGAUUAUGGCUGGGCCAAGCCUAACUGACCAAGAUGGCCUGACUGCCUCACUGUUCCUUCUGACUGAGGAAAGUAGAAUGGAGACAUGCACAAAUUUUAUUUGUGAACUGCCCUGAGAUCUAGGGGUAUAGGGCAGCAUACAAAUUUAAGAAAUAAUUUUUAAAAUAGUGGUUUCUUAAAAGAAGUUGACUUCUUUUAUUGUAAUGUGCAUAAACAUAUGGAUGUUCUAUGGUAUAGCGUCUAUAGCACAUUUACUUGAAUGUCCAGUGACUUCAAAUGAGCUUAACCCUUAUGCACCAUGAAACUUGGUGACAUGACAGCUGCUUCUGAGCGACUAGGUCUUGUGGCAUUUUAGCAAUUUAUGAAACUGGAACUGCAGGGAGCAGAUGUGGAAAACGAUUGCUUCACUUUAGCCAUUUAUUUUCUGCAUGGUUACAUGGCUGGAGUGAUAGGGCACCGGAACCCACAAAAACAGCUCAAGCUCCUUGCUGCAAGGGCCAUGCGAAAUGGGGCAUUAACAUCCCCUUAGACAGCUUACUGAGCAGUUGGUAAUGUAAGUUACCACUGUUACUGACUGAAUAUUUUUCCUUUCAGCUUAUAUAUUUGAAAAUUAUUGCAGUACUUUUUCCAACCUCUGAUUUCUGGCAUCCAGUGGUAACACCAUCUUUGGUUUAUAUGAGCCAGCUACUCACAAAGGUAUGUCUGCAAUGUUGUUAACGACACAGAUCUUUCCAUAAUAACCUAGUUCAAAUGUGUGAAGAUUUCCAUUGAAACUUCAGUUACGCAUCUAAAAGAAGAUGGAUCCACUUGACUGUAUGCAAAGUUACCAUCUUUGUAAAUGCACUUGACUAUAUACAGAGGCCAUCUGCCUAAAGUUCUUAUAUCAUUCCUUCCUCUUGGGGGACAUAAUCUGAGGCUGAACUUCCCUGAACACCGUAAGACCUUUCCACUACAGUGGUGCCUCGCAAGACGAAAUUAAUUCGUUCCGCAAGUUUUUUCGUCUUGCGAAGCACGGUGUCGGAAAAGUUUUGGAAAAGCUUCAAAAAUCGCCAAAAACCUCAAAAAAGGCUACCACCUUCUAUGAGUUCCUCCUCGAAGUCAAGUCGCAACUGUAUUAAUGGUGUUAAGAAAAAGGAAACAAACUUGCAAAAAACGCAAGACGUUUUCGUCUUGCGAAGCAAGCCCAUAGGGAAAUUCGUCUUGCGAAGCAGCUCAAAAACCGCAAAACCCUUUCGUCUAGCGAGUUUUUUGUCUUGCGAGGCAUUCGUCUUGCGGGGCACCACUGUACCUGGGUUUAGUGGCCAUAGUGGAAAAUGGGGUGAAUGGUGCAGGGAUUGUAAUUUUGUGCAGAUCUGAACCUGUUCUGAGAUAGGUAAAUGAGCAAGUGCAGAAUGGCAAAUUAUAAUAACUUCAUAGCUAUCUCUGCAUAGUUUUAGGGCCUCAAGUCAGAAUGACAGGGCAAUCUCUGUGUGUGCAUAUGUAUGGGGAAAGAGACCACUACAAUGCAGGAUUGUUCCAACCAAGAACGAGGAGUUAAAGCACUUUAUAGCAUUUAUAGCAUAUGUGUGCCCCUUUAUUAAAAAAAAAAAAACAACGAUGCAUGCUCGCUACCAGCCCAACUCAGCCAGAAGAUCUUCAGACAAAUGCAGAUCUCACUUUCCAGGGCUCUUAUGCCAGACCUGUAGUGUUGCUGUCACAGAUCAUUCAAGUCCAUUCUGCUGAGGUUACACACGUUCCUUUCGAUAGCCACAUCACCCCAUAAUCAAGUAUUAGGGCUUGAUUGCCAAGAGUUACUCGAUUGCACGUUCUGUACUCUCUGUCUAAAGCUGUGGUGUACUGUCUCAUCUUCCUUCACAACUUUCCAAGGCUGCAAAAUUGCCUUCCUCUUGUGCAUGUAUGGGCAGUGAACCAUUACGCAUGUUCUGUUCCCACCCCUGCAUGUCAGUGAGCCGAUUAUAAGUGCACCACAGCCUGUUCCCCUUCCAGGUCCAAAAGGACCCACGUGUUGGCGAUUGCACAUUGGAUGUGGCUAAAAUGAUUGCCUCCUGUACAGGAAUUGUAGACUGCCUUUUGGCAGGGGGUUUCCACCCAGCUGUCAAUUCCAAGUUACCGGAUCUUUCGCUCUAUAAGACGCACCAGACCAUAAGACGCACCUAGUUUUUGGAGGAGGAAAACAAGAAAAAAAAUAUUCUGAAUCUCAGAAGCCAGAACAGUAAGAGGGAUCGCUGCGCAGUGAAAGCAGCGAUCCCUCUUGCUGUUCUGGCUUAUGGGAUAGCUGCGCAGCCUGCAUUCGCUCCAUAAGACGCACACACAUUUCCCCUUACUUUUUAGGAGGGAAAAAGUGAGUCUUAUAGAGCGAAAAAUACGGUACAUGUGAAAGCAGUCGUGGCUUCUAGUACACCUUGGAACUUUUAUUUUUCAGGACUUAUUUUGUAAAGGUGGACAUUAAUAUGGUCCAACAAGAGUUGGGAUACAUUUUAUAAUUUAAUGGUUUUCAACUUUUCUUUCUGUUCAGGGCUACAUUUCCUCAGUGUUUCUGCCAACCACCUUCUCUUUCACUCUUCCCUCUAUAUGAAAUGAUUGCAAGGCAACGGGAUUCAUUUGUUUUUCUGUUCCUCCAUAUCCCUCUCUUGCUGUGUAAGAUUCUCUUCAUUACUCCCCUUCUGAGGUUUUUCACCCUUCCAUCCCCGUUCUGCUUGGUGAAACUAAAAACAUUCCCUGACCUUUUAUCAUACUUUGCCCUCUUCUUCCCUGCCAACACCCCCCCCCCCAAAAAAACCCUGUGAGGGUCUCUUCAAUAGACAGACGAAGAAGGGGCCGGGUGCUCAGUCCCUGCUCCAGCAGUCUGCUGCACUUUCAUGCUGGCUUUGGAGGAAGAUUAGCCCCUCUCUCUGCAGCCAACACAAACACCAAGGGAGUUCCCAGAGGAGGAACUCUUCCUUCCUCCUUCUCUUGAAUGAAGUGAAGCGCCUCUCCCCUUGCAGCCAGCUCAAACACCGGAGGCUGGGACUUCCCGACCUCAGUUUUAAUACAUUGCAGUGGGUUCCAGAACUUUUUCAUUGAAUGCUUCUUAACCUCCAGGAAGGCAAGGAAUCAAAGCACAUUCAAAGAAAUGUAUUAAAGCAAUUAAAAGUAACCUCCGGUUACAUAUCCUUUGGGAUACGUACAUGGCAAACCCGGAAGUAUUUUUCCAAGUUUCGCCGCAUGCGCAGAAGCAGCACCUCCGGUUGUGAAUUCCUCAGGAUGCGACCAGAGCUCCGGAACAAAUCCUGUUUGCAACUGGUGGUACCACUGUACUGAUAACCUGCUAAUUGAGACUAAUUAGAAUAAAUAGUUGGUUUUCUGUGUUUGAUAAUUGCGUGUGCUAUUUUUUUCUUUAGUGCACAGUAACAACAGUGCAAGAUGUUGUUAAAGGAUUGUUCGUGUGCUGUCUCUUCCUAGAAUAUAUAUCCUUAUCUCGAAGAUUCAUCCCAGAACUUGUCAAUUUUCUCCUGGGAGUUCUUUACAUGGCUAUACCAAACAAAGAAGUUCAAGGUAUGGUUACUGGGGAGAAUAGGCAUAUAUGUUUUUUCUCCCCCCCCCCCCCCCUUCUGAGUCUACUUGGUUUAGUGCAUCAGAACAUUUUUAGAAUUCUGUGAUUCUGUCUCUUACUAUUUUGAAAUUUACCAUACCGUAAGAUAUUCAGCAAUAUUACAACUAAUCUCUGAGUGUGUUCUUCUCUUCCAGGUUAUACCUUGGUACAUCCUUUUGCGUCACUAGGAAAACGCUCAGACUUGCUUGUUGUCACUGACAAAGCAGAUGCAGAUACCUGGCAAAAACAACAUCUUCCACUCCAUAUUAUAACUAGAUCUAAAGACGACAGAACAGGCAUGAAUCAUCUGCGGUAUGCUAGAAUGUGUUUAGAAUGUGUUCCUGCUGAUAUAGAUCCAGUGCAUAAAUACUUAGUAUAAAAGAACUGUCUUUUGUGUGCCUUAGCAACAGACACAGAAUCAUAUUGUGGGCAAAAUAUUUCACCUUGCCUUUAGGAAAUUGGUUAGUGGUAGCUGACUAAACUACUAUGAAGCACUCCACUAUCAAGCAAAUCAGAAGAAAUAGUCCUUUCAUAGUCUUCAGUGGCCAGAGAGUGCAGCCUUGCAGCGGUUGGAGAGUAAAAGGUGUCUGCAGAUGAAUUGCCGCUUCAGGAAAGCUUUAGGUGUGCUCCGGACAGUUUCAGUCCUAUUUUUCACAGACACAUAAGUGUUUGAAGGACUUCAGAGCCCAUCUUGUCCAGCCCCUGUGCCAACUGCAGGAAAUGUGGGGCAGGAAGUUCCAUGGGGACAUCCCUUGGGGAUGAUGUGUGCAGACCCAGAAAUAGGGCUACAGGGUGCUACUUAAAGGAAUGUCUUUCUCAUUGCUUAGUGCCCUCAGGUGUGAUGAGGAACAACCACCACGCGUAAUUUCUUCUUCCUGCUGACCUCAGCCUUCCCGUGAUAAAGAUGUAGAAGAUGUAAACUUUGAUAGCAAGGGGCAAGCAGUCCUACACUAAUCCUUAGAGUCCCUAAGACCCAGGGAGGUGGAGUGAAAUGUAAUAUGAUAAUAGUGUAAAUAGACCUGAUAAAGCAUGGAGGGCUUUAUCAGGUCUAUUUUUUAUGUAAGGGCUUACUGGCACAAGCUCACUGCAAGAUUGUGGGCCAGUCACUACCUUUUAGCAUGCCCACAGAGGGCAUGUAUACCCAACAGGGCUCAUUGGCUGAAGAACAGAAAUUUAAAAGUAGCAGUGUUCAUUUUUGUCUCUCCUUACCAGUCAGACAGCUCUGAGCACUUCCAAGACUUUACACUGGGUUGGGGAAACCGUCAACAGAACUGCUUUGCACACCAGCAGUGUGGAGUGCAAGAAAAUGCUUCACUUUGGGAACAUUUGCCUGUAAUUGUGCUAUGGCUUUUCUCAGCUAAUUGUGGGGCAAAAGUAGAUAUUUCAACUGUUCCAAAUUCUUCAUUAAAAUUGCAAUGCCAGUUUUGUCAUUUAAGCAGUGGCAAAGUUUUUAUCGGUGGUUGCAAGAACAAAUGAGCCCUAUAUUCUAAAAAAAAUGCUUGAUUAACCUGGAGGUAGGCUGUAUGAACUGUGUGUUGAUUUGUAAUGUUUUGUUGGGUCUCUGGACCGUAAUAAAGAUUGUUGUUGUUGUUGUUAAGCUUUUGAUAUGGCAACUACCAAUUGUUUUACAGGUUAUCAUGCUUAGACCUGUGCCUGGACCUGGUUAAGAGAUGCGCAGUUACAUAUGGAUCACUUCCAUCAUUCAGUGAAAUAAUGCAGCCCAUCCAAAUGCUGCUUAGGAGACAGAUGCCAAUGAUUAGGUACCCUCAACACCUGCAGGUAAAACAUGCUGCCGCCUCACUGAGAUUCAGUCUGUGAAGCAUUCUGUGGGGCAAACACCCAAUAGAAACAUUUGUGGUACCUUCAAAGAUUGUGCACUGAGUUCUUUCAUUUGCUAGACAUCUCAAAAAUUGUCAGUGUGGAAAGGCAAACUGCUUGACAGAAUUUCUGACAGCAAGUGACCAAACUAAUAAUCAAAGUGGGCUUUUUAUUAGCAGCUUUAGAAUUCGGAGGGGAGGUUCUGUGCAACUCCUUCAUUCCAUAGUUGCUGAUCGAACUACAAUCAGUGAACUUGUCUAAUCCUCCUUAAAGCGUCUGAGCUAUUGACCAUCACUGCACUGUGUGGCAAUGAAUUCCAUUGGUCAGUUAUGUGUUGUGUAAAGGAUUUUAUCUUGUCUGCCCUGGAUUUUGUCAGUCAGUUUCAUUGUGUGACCCCAGGUUCUUGUAUUAUGAGAGGGAGAAAUACUUUCUCCACACCAUAUAAAAGUUCUGUGAAUCUCUCCCUCCCCUUUAGUUCUCCCCCUAUUAGCAAAAAGCUCCAAACUCUUUAGCCUGCCCUUUUGAGAGGUGGUAUUCCAUCUUCUGGACUACUUUGGUUGCCCUUUCCUAUGCUUUUUCCACCUCUGAUACAAUGCCCUUUUAGAGGUGGGAUAAUCAGAACUGUGUGUGGUAUUUCAAAUGCAUUACACCACAGAUGAAUGUAAAAUCAGCAUGCUGAAAAGGCAAAUACCGUGCUAAAAAUUUGUUAAUUUGCACACUAAGUUACCUUUCUCAUGGCGCUAUCUUCCACUAUUUAGUCACUGACAAUUUUGAUGGACUCACACUGUUGGAAAGUUAGCCUUUUGACCCAGUCUCUAACACUUUGCACAUAUUUAUACUGAACUACAUUUGCCGGGUUGUUGCCAAUUCUCACAGUUUGGAGAGAUCUGCUUUGAGGUCUUUGCAGUCCACUUGGAUUUUCACAUCUUGAUUAAUUAGGUGCCAUCUACAAACUUGGCUGCCUCAUUGACUGCCUGACACCAGCUUGUGUAUGAACCAUCAGUAUCACUCCAGUACAGACCCCAACUGCCUGCCUGCUUCCAUUGCAAGAACUGUUUGCUCCUACCCUCCGCUUCCAGUUUCUUAGCUAGUUGUUGAUCCCUAAAAGGACCUAUCCUCUUAUUUCAUGACCGCUAAGUUCACAUGGCCAUCUUUUGUUGGAAGACUUUAUCAAAAACCUUUUUGAAAGCAGCAGGCAAAUUCAGAUACAAUUUCACUAACACUUUUUUGUUAGUAUAUGUUAACUAUAUCACAACUGUAUCUGUGUAUUUGUUUUAUUGCAUUUUAUCCAAUUGCCUUUUUAAAGCAGAGUUUCAUUUUCAGGAGCUGUUUGACAGUGUUCUGAAACAGCUGGAGAGCAAAGGGCAACGUUGUCCCUUGGUGUGUGAAAAGAAAAAGCCAGUGCCUUUGAAGCUGUUCACACCCAAAAUAGUGAAAGUGUGAGUAUCUCUAGCUCUGGAAGAAAUACGGCUGAGGGUCAUGUACGGAGAUUGCCUGUGUUGCAAAUAAAAUUUGACACUUUGCAUCCAUGACAAACCCUGUUCAACAAUUGAAGUUGAAUCGAUAGCUCUGCUUAAUGCACAUUAUUGCUUGGUGUUUACUGCCCCAUGUGAAAUUAAUUCAGGUGAUGAGACUAGGAAGAAAAGCUAAAGACAUAUAGCUAAGGUCCAAUGGUUGCAUCCUAUCCUGAAUCAUUAAUGUUUGAACUGGGAACCAUGUGGCUGGUAGUAAUUAUUUUGCCUUGGGUAGCAUGAGAAUUAACCUCAUAUUUUGCCUUCCCGCAUGGUUUCUCGUGCUUUCAAAGCUGCCAGUGUGGUAUGUGAUCUAGCCAUAGAGCAGCCUCAGUCAAAGUACUUAACCAGUCUACCCCAAGCCUACCUGAGGUGUGCAAAAAACCUAGGGGGGUUUCUGGUGGAUAUGCACCUAUGUAUAUCAGAGACUUAAUCUGAGGGUUAGUACACUAGAUGCUACUAAAACAGUGCUAUGUAAGGAAAGGGAAUUGCAAAGCAUUGUGACUUUACUGCUGCUGCUGCUGCUGUGAAACACCAGUUUAUUUCUGUAACUUUAUUCUAAUGCCUUUAAUUUACUGGCUUGUAAAAGGCAUUUUUAGGGGUUGCAUCACCUAUUUGCACAACAAUUUUGUUAAUAGCUGGAAGAAGCUACAUAAAUUAAAAAUAACAGUUUAUAUAUAAUGUGUAAAUAAUUCUGCUGUUUUUUAACUUCACAUAUUCUAAACCAUAUAAAAGUGGAUCAGAUUAUUAUGCUGUGAAAUUAAUUUGCCGUGGCAACGAUGUCCUCAAUAUGUGUGCUGUGUUGGUGAUCCUGAUGCAAAAAAGGUUCCAGUUAAGUCCAGCAGAAAAGUGUGUUUGAGAUAAUGUACUUUAUAAUUUCAGCCUGGAAUUUGGAAGAAAACAAGAAAGCAAUAAGAAAGAGCAGGAAAGAAAACGGCUAAUUCAUAAGCACAAACGUGAAUUUAAGGGAGCUGUUCGUGAGAUCCGCAAAGAUAACCAAUUCCUUGCUAGAAUGCAGCUUGCAGAAACCAUGGAAAGGUAAUGCAUAUAUUCUUUUAAAUUUAAAUUUGGUUUAAAUUUGUUAUCCUUGAGAUAACUAAGAGAGAUAGCAGUAAGAUGAUCUAUUGCAAUGGUUUUAAUGUAGAAAUAGACCAGAUUUCAGAUGAAAUCUAACCCUUCAUUAGAUGGUCUGUAUGUUUUAUACUGCAAGAUACAAAACUUUUAUCAGUUCAGAUAAUGCCCUAUUUAUAUUUUUCCAGCAAUCACUAACUCACAAGGAAGUAACAGACUGCACUAAUCCUCAUAUCUAACAUGCAGUCAGGUUCCUUCCUAUUCUGAAUCCAGGCUGUUCACCAUGGCUGAGGAAGAUAUAUGCACUCAGCCUUUAUAGAGCAUGGUUUGAUCUCUGUCAGGGAUUUGUUUCCCUGUCUUUGAAGAAUCACCUACUGUUAUGAAUUCUGAAAACAUGAGGUCAUUUGAAAACCAGAAAUGUAAGGUGGUCUGGGGGGGGGGUGGAAACCAUUUGGUUCUCAUAAAUUUUGAAAGGUGGAGGUGAUUGGUGCAGAUUUCUUAUAUCCACCAAUUCAGUUAAAACUGUAUCAGAGGUUGUAUAUAUCUUUCAAAAUUUCAUUGGACGGGUAGUUCCAAAAUAAAAGUAAUUUUAUUUUAAUUUUCAGGGAUUCAGAAAGAAAAAGAAAAGUGAAGCAACUCUUCAGGAGUCUUGCUCAGCAGGAAGGAGACUGGAAGGCAAUGAAAAGAAAAAAGUUUUAA